AUGAGUUCGUCGAUAAGCCAAUCGUCUCAGCCGCAAAAAAGCAAAAAACCACAAACCACCAGAAACGUAUCAGGUGCUUGUCCAGCAUAUGAGGGCGCGGUCUCGGCUGCUCUUGCUUCUGCAGCAGCAGCAGCAGCAGCAGCAGCAGCAGAAGCAGAAGCAACAGCAGCACCAGCAGCACUACCAGUCAGUACCCUUCAUCGUGCAUGGCCAGUGUUAGAGAGAGAGGGAAUAUCAAUAGCAGCAAAUAUACAGCUGCUGUGGGGGCCCCCCCCCUCGGGGUCUUCGCUGGGGGCCCCUGAGGGGCCCCUGCAUGAGAGAGCUGUUUCUGAGGCGGUGCCCACAGCCGAAGGGGCCCCCGCGGCGCGGCCUGGGGGCCCCCCGAAGGGGCCCCCCACGGGGUCUUCUGCGGGGUUUCAUGGGCAGCUUGCUACGGGGGCCCCCCUGGGGGCCCCUCUAGGGGGCCCCCGCAGCAGCCCGCUUGGGGUACGGUGGCAGAAUGUAAGAGGAAGCAAAACGCUGCAGGUUGAGCUGCUGAUGCCGAGUGCAUCAGAGAAGAACCACAAGCAUCUUGUUUACCUGCGUUUCAUACCAAAGCAGCAGCAGCAGCAGCAGCAGCAGCAACAGCAGCAGCAGCAGCAGUUGCAGCCGGAGCAGCAGCAGCAGCAGCAGCUGCAGCCGGAGCAGCAGCAGCAGCAGCAGCUGCUGCUGCAGCAGCAGCAGCAGCAGCAGGAUUUGGAACAUGGGUGCUGCUGUGGGCUGCACAGAUCCUACUACAUCUGCCAGCAUGUAGCGGCGCUGCUGCUGCUGCUGUCUCUCACAGACGCGAGCACUGGCGCUGAUCGUGCUGCAGCUGCUGCAGCAGCUGCAGCAGCUGCUGCUGAUGCUGCUGAUGCUGCUGAUGCUGCUGCUGGCCACCCAGAACCAGUAGCAGCAGGCUCUGCUGCAGCAGGUUCAGGAUAUGUUUCACUUGCUGCUGCUGCUUCUGCAGGAGAAGCAGCAGGCCCUCCACCUGCUACUGCAGCAGCAGAGCAGCAGUGGCACCCGCAGCAGCAGCAGAAGCACCAGCAGAACUCUGCAUGUUGGCUGCACCAGCAGCUGCAGCAAAGCCAGGCGAUGGUAGCAGCACAAGAAGCGGAUUUUAACAGCGCAAAGGAAGAUGUUGCUGCUGCAUAUCUAGAAACCAGCGCCACGGCAUCUACAGCAGCAGCAGCAGCAGCACCAGCAGCAGCAGCAGCAGCAGCAGCAGCAGCAGCAGCAGUGAUAGAAACGGAGGGCUACGGGUCUGACAAGUGUUCUGUUGAUGAAAUUGAGAGCGAUCCUCAGCAGCUCAAGAGCAGCAGCAGCAAGAGCAGCAAUGUCAGCAGCAGACGCAGCAACAGCAGCAGCAGCAGCAGCAGCAACAGCAGCAGCAGCUGCUGCUGUGGUGGGCUUAGUGUAUGGAGCGUACUAAGCCGGCAACAUGCCUUAGGAAAGGCAGCAACAACACCCAUCACAAACCGCCGCAGCAGUUGGCUGUCAAGCAGAGACAGCAACUGCAGCAGCAGCAACUGCAGCAGCAGCAGCAACUGCAGCAGCAGCAGCAGCAGCAGCAGCAGCAAGAGACGCAGAAGCAGCUGCAGCAGAUUCCAUGAGGGCCUCUUGCUCAGCCCCCUCACCUGCAAGCAUCAGCCAAGAAAGCUAAGAAACCGCCACUCACUCACACACCUACCCGCUGCCCCCACACAGCAGCAGCAGCAGCAGCAGCAGCAGCAGCAGCAGCAGCAGCAGCAGGAGGUAGACAACAACAACCAGCAGCAGCAGAUACAGAUACAGCAGUUAGACAAACAACAGCAGCAACAGCAACAGCAGCAACAGCAGCAGCAGCAGCAGCAGCAGCAAGUUCUUGCUGCUGGGGGAUGCUGCUACCGCAGAGCGUCUGAUAGUGCUCAGUACAGCAGCAAAAGGGUACCCGGGGCCCCUAACUGCAGCAGCAAGUGGGGGGCCCCUAGCAGCAACUGCAUGCAACCUGAUGAAGUGUAG